AUGCCCAUGCUGCGAGAAGACGACGCAGGCCAGCAAGAUGCUGUGCCAGAUGUGCCGGAUCAUGUCGAAGAUAAUUUCACCAGAAUAAUUCCUCCACAGUUGCAAGCGGGUCUCCCAAGGUCAUUGAGCAGGAAACUGUCAGAAGAAAGUAUCAGAACCGAGUUGUGUGAGGGACCUAUACCGGAUAGCCCUCCCGUCCCUUUCAAGUCGACCACGCCUGAGCCACCAUCACAUGCCGUCUCUGACCGCGCCGAGUUGAUUGAACGCAUCAAGAGAGGGGAAAGCCCUACCUGGGUGCCCAAUCGUCAUCUGGGAUCGUUGUUCCAGCAAGACAAUAUCUCGCUGCCGCCUCGAACACCGCCACCACCACCACCACCACCUGCGUCCAUGUCCCCGGGGCUACUACCUCCCCCUACCAUAACACCCGAGAAAAAGGAUGGGGUUGUGGUCGGGCUGCAACCUGAUGCUCAACUUCAGGAAGGACUAAAUAUCGAAAGACCACGAUCCGCGCUCCAUAGCGGCAAUUUCACACCGCAAGAGCUGUCUCCUGGUGAGGUAGAGAAGGAAGCGAGGCAAAGUCAUCACAACCCCUUUCAACCGCCCAGCAGUGCUCCAUGGAUUGCGACCUCACCACCAAGAGACUUUCAUCCCUUUGGUUACGGGAAUGCAGCUGCAAGCCACCGCAAGGAUGCGUUCGACUACCGCAAGGAGGCCUUUGGUACACCAGGAACACCUUCACUUAGCUCAUCUCUUUCAUCAAGCUUUGUCUACAAGCCACCAACGAGUCCGCUUGUUCAAUCAGAGAUCAACGAGGAAAUCGACUUGGCGCUACCUUUGAAUAGUAUCAAUAUUGCUUCGAGUAGUCCCCGGGUGAGCCCACGAAGGCACACACUCAACUUCGGACCAUCCUCCUUCAACAAUGUGGCUGGCCAGAGACAAGUGGCCCAACGUCGUGAGGGUAAUCACCCAUAUCAAGCCCACCAACCUCGACGAUCUCUGAAUUCAACUCCUGUAUUUUCCUUUGCCGGCUCACCACCACCACCACCACCACCCACCCCUUGGAGUGCAAGACGACCGUCGGUGGGCUCAGAGGCAUCCCCUCUCCAUCACGCCUCCCUAGUCGGAUCCUACGAGGAGAGCAUCCUCCGAGGUCGCAUGUCAACCACCCCCUCCAAACCUCUAGAAUUCAUGGCCCAAAUCGGAGUUCUCGGUCUAGGAAAAUGCAAGUCCAGCCUCCGCUGCCCACCACAUGUCACCCUCCCCUUCUCGGCCGUCUUUUACAGUUACGCCAGCACCUCCCAUGGCAGAAGCAAAACAGACGAUGGCCCAAGUCCAUACGUAGGGAAUAUCGAUCUCGAGAAUGGACUCACCAACUCCGACGAGGGCCAAAGAGCAAAGAGGAAACUCCAGUCACGAUACCCCGAGCGGAAGGUCACAGCAGCAGAAGAUGAUGAUGACGAAACCGGCGACCACCUCUCCGACAGUAGCAAAUACCCAACCAACAACAACAACAACAACAACAACAACAACAACAACAACAAUAACAACAACAACAACAACAACAACAACAACAACAACAACAACAACAACAACAACAACAACAACAGCAAGAAACGCCGCUCCCGCUCCCCCAAAUCACCCCCCGGGGGUCGGUACCGCAUCCCGGAAAAGGGACAACUCCAAAUCAUCAUCAAGAACCAAAACAAAACGGCGGUCAAGCUCUUUCUUGUCCCUUACGACCUUGCGGGGAUGGAGCCAGGGACGAAAACUUUUGUCAGGCAGAGGAGUUACUCGGCCGGUCCGAUACUGGAGACUAAAGUCCCUGAUAUCAAACCUGUCGUCGACGCCAACACGUUGGGUAGUGACAGGGCGACGCUUCGUUAUUUGGUUCACUUGCAUAUUUGCUGCCCGGCAAAGGGGAGGUAUUAUUUGUAUAAAUCGAUCAGGGUAGUGUUUGCCAAUAGGGUUCCCGAUGGGAAGGAGAAGCUCAGGAAUGAGAUUACGCAUCCCGAUCCGAGGUUCUCGCCUUAUAAGCCGGUGAGGGUGAUGGGUCCUUCUCCGGUGGUGGGUGGGGGUCAGGGUGAGAGGAGGAGGAGUGUUGGGUUUGCUUUGCAGCAGCAACAACAACAACAACAACAACAAGAUCAACCGCGGGUGGCUUUCGGUGCUUCUGGGAGUCUGCCGAGGGGGUUUCAGCAGCCAUUGCAACAAACACCGGAGAGGGGGGGUGAUAAUAUGGAGGAGGGUAUAUCGCCUAUGUUGGGGGUGCAAAUGACUGGUUUGGUUGCAGCGAGUUAUGAUAAACUCAGCAAGGGAGCUGUUGGUUAUGGCGGGAACACCACUGUGGGAAGCACACCGUCGGCGGGACUGCUGUCUCAAAGGCUGAGGUCGCUCGGGGAGCAAGAUAGACGGCCGUUUCAGCAGCCAAAUUCGGAGUUAGCAUGA